AUUUAAUUGGUGUAACGAUAUUGAGAUAUAUAUGCAGUUGUUAGUUAUUGCUUUUAAUGGUAAAUAAUUGAGGUUAACAUACGAGGUACUGUGUUUAGUCUAUGUAAGGAAGUCUCAUGGUAGGUUUUCAGCUUAGUUGGAAGCUGCUGACCUUUAAUCUGUAUUAUAAUUUGUUCUACCCACCGACAGUUACAGAGUAACAUAGUUCAUUCAUUUAUUUUAAAUAUUUUUAAACAUAAACAAAACCCAAAGUUAAAACUUUAAAAGUAGUACCCCAACUUGUGUAACUUGUGUUGUGUUCGCAACCUGUCACGCGCGAUAGUGAUGAGUUUAUUUUUUAAUCGACUAAACAAGACAUACGCAAAAAGAAUGAAAAUGUAGUUUGAAUCACGAAAGUUCUCGUAUGCGAAUGCAUAUAAGUUUCUUAUAACCAUAUGUGUAAUGUGAUCAUAGGCCAGUGUCUGCUAAAGGAGUUUGAGGGAAGUAGUAGUCGAAUUUAAUCUCGCUGGAGGGUAUCUCUAGUGUCAAAAAAAUGUCAUGUCAAACUGCGUUGAACUGUCAAUUGUCUGCCAUUGCGGCCUUUUUGCUUGUGCUGUCAGUCAGUGAUUUUUCAUUCGUUGAUUGUUCGUGUCGUCUUUUCGGCUGUGAAAAUGUCUAUCGAGGCCUAAGCUGAAAGGCAUUGUGUGAACAAUGAAAAGUAGCCCUACACGCAAAUAUGAAAAUUUCUCCAACGACCACCAAGGGAAGGAAACGGACAAGUAUUCUCUAGAUAGCCAAGACACCGCCAGUGUGCAUUCCACGGAGGAGGGUGGCGGGGGCCGCCGCGGGUUGAUCGACGUGAGCGCAGGCGCAGGCGACAUGUGGAUCAGCGCCGUGGAGAGCUCCAUACUGGCCUGGGAGGAGGUGGCUGAACGUCUGAACGUGGACGUUCGCCGCGGCCUCUCAUGGCGCGAGGCCAACGAUCGGAUGAACUUCGUCGGCCCCAACGAGUUCCAGGUCAAGGAACAGGAGCCGCUGUGGAAGAAGUACAUCGAGCAGUUCCAGAACCCACUUAUACUGCUGCUGCUUGGCUCAGCGGUAGUGAGUGUCUGCAUGCGGCAGUUCGACGAUGCCAUAUCCAUCACCGUGGCUAUCAUGAUCGUGGUGACAGUGGCCUUCGUCCAGGAGUAUCGUUCUGAAAAGUCUUUAGAGGAACUAAAUAAGCUGGUACCGCCGACAUGCAAUUGUCUUCGAGAAGGCAGUCUCGAGCACUUCCUAGCUCGAAACUUGGUCCCCGGCGACAUAGUCCAUCUGAACGUCGGUGACAGAGUUCCUGCAGACCUUCGGCUCUUCGAUUCUACAGACCUGGCCGUCGACGAGUCCUCCUUCACAGGGGAGACCGAACCGGCCAUGAAGAGUGUGCUCCCGAACAAAGCGGCCGCCGGCCGUGUUAAUAAGGAUAAUAUCGCCUUCAUGGGGACUCUUGUUCGAUGUGGUAAUGCGAAGGGUAUAGUGGUAAGCACGGGCGAGCGAUCCGAGUUCGGUGACAUCUUCCGUAUGAUGCAAGCCGAGGAAGCUCCCAAGACUCCGCUGCAGAAGUCCAUGGACACCCUCGGGGCUCAGCUGUCAAUGUACUCGUUCUGCAUCAUCGGCUUCAUCAUGGUGGCCGGCUGGCUGCAGGGCAAGGCGCUUCAGGACAUGUUCACUAUUAGUGUCAGUCUUGCGGUCGCUGCUAUUCCUGAGGGUCUUCCGAUCGUGGUGACUGUGACUCUAGCACUUGGCGUGAUGCGCAUGGCCAAGAGGAAUGCUAUUGUCAAGAAGUUGCCGACUGUCGAGACUCUGGGAUGCGUCAACGUCAUUUGCAGCGAUAAGACUGGCACCCUCACCAAGAACGAAAUGACAGUGACAACGAUAUCGACAUCUGGCGGCCACAUCGCGGAAGUUUCUGGUACGGGGUACAACGCGCGCGGCGACAUACAGCUGCGGGCGUACAAGGGACGAGACUUGGACGUCGCGAGGAUGGCGGUCAAUACUAUGUUGGAGAUCGGCGUUCUCUGCAACAACGCGACGAUCCGCGACGAGACACUAUACGGGCAGCCCACAGAGGGCGCUCUGCUAGCCUGCGCCCUCAAGAAUGGCAUGCACGACGUGCGAGAACAGUAUACGCGACUACACGAAAUACCGUUCAGCUCCGAAACAAAAAUGAUGGUUGUAAAAUGCGCACCGAAAUUCGCCGACGGCAAACUCAAAGAGGAGGUGUUCGUCAAAGGCGCCAUAGAGAAGGUGUUGCCGCUGUGCACGCAGUACAUCGACAGCAGCGGGAACUACGCGCCCAUGACCAAAGAGAAACAGAACGACUUUAUAGCGGAAGCUUAUAAUAUCGCUAGGAUGGGCCUCCGCAUCAUCGCGCUGUGCCGCGGCGCGGGGCUGGAGGCGCUGGUGUUCGCGGGCGUGUGCGGCGUGUGCGACCCGCCGCGCGCCGGCGUGCGCGCCGCCGUGGCCACGCUGGCGCGCGCCGCCGUGCGCGUCAAGAUGCUCACCGGCGACGCGCGCCCCACUGCGCUCGCUGUCGCUCAAAUGGUCGGCCUGGACGUGUUACACUCGCAGUCUCUCGGCGGCGAACAACUGGACACGAUGUCUGAUGAGGAACUCGAUAGGAUGAUCGAUACUGUGAGCGUAUUCUACAGGGUGACACCGAAACACAAGCUCGCUAUCGUGAAGUCGCUGCAAAGGGUUGGCAAUAUUGUCGGCAUGACAGGCGACGGUGUAAACGACGGCGUGGCUCUAAAGCGCGCGGACAUCGGUAUCGCGAUGGGCCGCAACGGGACCGACGUCUGCAAGGAGGCCGCCGAUAUGAUACUCGUCGACGAUGACUUUGCGACCAUCAUUGCGGCCAUAGAGGAGGGCAAGUGCAUAUUCUACAACAUCCGCAACUUCGUCCGCUUCCAGCUGUCGACUUCGAUCGCCGCGCUGUCGCUGAUUGCUCUCGCGACGCUCAUGGGCAUACCUAAUCCGCUCAACGCUAUGCAGAUUCUUUGGAUCAAUAUUAUCAUGGACGGCCCCCCCGCGCAGUCGCUGGGCGUGGAGCCGGUGGACCACUCGGUCCUGUCCCGCCGCCCGCGCGACACGUCGCGGCGCAUCAUCUCGCGCGCGCUGCUGCUCAACGUGCUGCUGGCCGCCGCCAUCAUCAUCGCCGGCACGCUGUGGGUCUUCAACAGGGAGAUGUCAGACAACAGGAUAACCCCUCGCGACACAACGAUGACGUUCACCUGCUUCGUCCUCUUCGACAUGUUCAACGCUCUGUCGUGCCGCUCACAGACUAAGUCUGUCUUCCAAGUGGGCUUGUUCUCCAACAAAAUGUUCCUGGUCGCCGUCACUCUUAGUCUGGUGGGACAAAUGCUUGUCAUAUACUUCCCGCCAUUGCAGAGGGUGUUCCAAACUGAAGCGCUUACUGGACACGAUAUAAUAUUCUUAGUGUGCCUAACGUCAAGCGUAUUCAUAGUGAGCGAAGUGAAGAAGUUGAUCGAGCGCACGCUGAAGAAGCGCGGCCUGGGCAAGUUCCCCGGCAAGUCCCGCGACGCGCUGGACUUCGUAUGACACAAGCCCGCCGGCAAGGCGCAGUAAGUGUACACGCUCUCCACUCGCACACACCCGCACACACGAUAAUGGACGUUAUACACGGCGAGCCCCCGCGGGGGCCGCCGGGGGCGCGGGGGCCG